AGACAGGAUAGCACAUACAGCUUUUGAUAUACCAGUCGUGCACUGGACAUUUAACCAUAAAAUAGUCGUGUAACCCUGACAGGUGAUCUAGGAUAGUGAACUUUAAGAAAUGUUUUUAAAAGUAAGAUAGGUUGCCCUAUUGCAUCACAGUUUGAGGUGGCAGAUGCAAAAAAAAAGAAGAAAAAAGUCUCUUCCUUACAUAGUAAAAAGGCAAGAUAUAGGUAUACUUUUCCAGCGAUAGCAUCAACGUUUACAUCAGUUUUUCCUCAAACUAUAAAUCCUAGAUAAAUGAAACUUGGUUUAUAGUUGUAUCUAUGGGUGCUCAUUGCAGUGCAUGUGAAAAGAAUUAAAAAUUAAUAAACUGAACAUUUUUAUAAUUAAAAUACUUUUGCAUUUAGCUUAAUGUCAGGGUUUGAUGUUGGCUCCAUUUCUCACAAACUAAAAGUCACAAAUUGAUGAAACUUGUUUUGUAGUUCUUUCUAUGGGUGUUCAUCAUAAUGCAUGUGAAAAGAAUUUAAAAUUAAUUAAACUUUUUUAAUUAAAAUAUAUUUGCUUUUUGUUCAACAUUUAAAGUUUCACAUUUAGAUCCAUUUCUCCAACAUCAAAUGAAACUUGGUUUACAGAUGUUCCUAUGGAUAUUCAUCACAGUGCAUGUGAAAAGAAUUAAAAAUUAAUUAAUUAAACAUAUUUAAUUGAAAUACUUUUGCGUAAAGCUAAAUAUUAAAGGUUUGCGUCCAGCUCCAUUUAACACAAACUGUAAGUCCUUGAUCGAUGUUACUUGUUAAAUAGUUGUUAGUUAAAAAUUAAUAUUAAUUUUUUUAAAGAUGAACAUCUUAUGUAUGCAAAUGACACCAAACACGUUUAUGGUAGGCAAGACAUUUAAUACUGUGGCUGGGGUGUCGUUAAACAUACAUAUAUUCAUUUAUUUUAAUUCUGCGAAUAACUUCUGCAAGGAAGAACAUUAUACACUAAAAAUUAUUUAAUAGGUCUGAAUGGUUUCUUACAAGUAUUUUAAGGUAAAUUGAACAUUAAACAACUAUUUGAAACUAAUAUUCAGGUCUGUACUUAAGUGAAAAACAUAAUAUUAGUUUACAAAUUUGGUGGGGGGGGGGGGGGGUCAUCUAGCAUGUUAAUAUUUUGAGAACUCAGAAGUACCAAAAUACAUGUACACAUACAUGUACGUCACGGGAGCCGAAAUUAAAUUAUUUUCUUUUUCUGUCUGUAUUUUUGCAGCCGUGCAAACCAAACUGCCCCCAUGUUGACCUGUGACGCGGAAACUGAAAGCAGCAUCUGUAUGCAGCAGUCGUUUCUGGAAGAAUAAUAUUUUACUAAUGAGAAUAACAAUAGAUGUUAUUUUAAAUAUACUAGUGUUAUUGUGUAACCUGUACAUGCAGAGAUCUACCAUGUUAAUUCAGCAUGCAUUUUUAUAAAUUUACUGUAUUUAAACAAAAUGUGCAGAGUUCAUUUUUUUUUUUUUUUUUUUUUAAUAUAUAUUGCUUUAGUGCAAUGCUUAGAUUAACAUAUAGUAACUUGUAUAGAUUUAAGCAAACAGAAAUAUUGUGUUAAAACUGACUGAUUUGUGUCAUAUUAAUUUUUUUUUUUUCUUCUUCUUUCUUUUUUUCAUAUUCUUGUUUUUACAGGUACCAUAUACCUUAAAACCCCAAGUUGACAUUUGAAGCACAAGUGACAAGCGAAUACAUCAAUAUUGUUUGUUUUCAAUUUGAAAAGAAAUAUGAUAUAGUUUUUGGUGUUCUUUUGAAAGAAUGAGCAAAACUACCUUUGUUGUAAAUCAUUACCUAUGUUAAAUAUUUAGUGGCUGUGCAUUUGUAGUGGGUGGGUGGGGAUAAAUAAACAUUCUUUACUCUCACAUUUUCUGUACUUUCAAGAAAGUUGUGGUUGAAUAGAGAUGCCUUGGUGGUGCUUUCGUUGAGUCACCAGGUUUAUGGCUUGUAGGUACUGAGUUCAUGUCCCAGUACUGAUUCAAUGGACUGGUGGUGGGCUAUUACAGUGACUUCUAACCUGUUAACCCUGGUCCUGGAUAGAUGGCCCAGAUAGCCAAAAUAUGUGUCCAGGAUAUCUUAUUUGAACUUUGCAUAUACAUGUAUGUGUGCAUAUAUGUAUUAAGUAGGAUUUUAAAAAUCCGAAACAAACCCAGUUGUAAUAGUUGUUAUUGACCAACAAUUAAACAUCUUUUUCUCUUUUUUUUUGUUCAAAGCAAAUUAACUGGCAUCAUAAGAUAUUUAAAAUUUAUUAAGAAAUAGUGAAAAAUAUAUCUUAAAUUUUCAGUAAACAUUUACCAUACUUAUACUAAUGAACAGUGCAUGCAGCUUGUGCAGUUAAUGUUAAAUCUUUAUGUUGCAGGCAUGCAUCUCAAGGUUCCCUCUGUCUCUGUCUCGACCCCCACCCCACCCCCCAAGCUAUUUGGUUCUGUCUGUCGAACAACAUAUGAAGGUAAAAAAGGUUAAUAGUUCAAGAGAAGUUAGUGUAAUGGCCUUGCACAUCCUGUUUGAGCUUUGUGCACUGAGAUAGUACGGAGAGAGAAUGAAUUCAGUAUCUACAAACCUUGAACCCAGUGGCUUGAACCACUUGGUCAAAGUGGCUGGUGCACGUAACUUUACAAAUGCUACAAUUGAUGUAGUGAAUGGAUUGCCCUUUAUAGUGAGGUGGUUUGCAACAGGGUUCAUUGUCGUACUGGUACAUGGUUCAUACAUUUCACUUUUCUGUUUCAUACACCGAGCCUACACACUGUUCUUGUUUUUAAAUCCCAAAAUAUGGAGUCGUGAAGAUGCCACAGUAAACAAUCAAAUGAUGAAACCUGAUGGACAUUUACCAAAUGCAAAAAAAAAAAAAAAUGUGUUGAUAUUUUAUUAAAAUAAACAAUAUAAAGCAUUGCUGACAGCUAGUAUGUUACAGAGGAUAAAAAUUCUCCUAUUUUUUGUUUGUUUGUGGUUAAUUCUGGAUUUUAGUGCUACCCCAAAACUGUUAAUGUUCUUAUGACAACACCUGUGCUUCUUUUUUUUAACCUUUGUAUUUUUAAUAUUCAUUCUAGAGAGCCAAUGUGAUUUCCAUCCUAGAUUAAUCAUUGGUCUCCAGCUGAAACAAGAAAUCAGGGGGGAAGGGGGUUAUCAUCCUUUCAUACAUAUUACAAUUCUUCAUGUUGAAUAUGAAGGUUCUCAUCUAAUAGAGGUGCAUGGAUAAGUGAACUUGAAGUCUUCAUUCCUUGGUGGGACUGGUAUGUCAAAGGCUGUGGUAUGUGCUAUCCUGUCUAUGGGAUGGUGCAUAUAAAAGAUACCUUGCUGCUAAUCGAAAAAGAGUAGCCCAUGAAGUGGCGACAAUGGGUUUCCUCUCUCAAUAUCUGUGUGGUCCUUAACCAUAUGUCUGAUGCCAUAUAACCGUAAUUAAAAUGUGUUGAGUGCGUCGUUAAAUAAAACAUUUCCAGGCCACUAACAAAGCCAUUCCACCAUCAGCAGUAUUGGGUUAUUAGUGAAAGAGAUAGUUGGCGAAACACUGAAGAUUUUGAAAUAAAAGCUUGUGUAAUAUAUAACUUGCCGAGUAAUCGCAAUCUUUUGGUCUACUUUCUUUUUAUUUUAUUAAAUAGGGUUGAACAUAAGUUUUGUCUUGUCAAAGGUUGUUCAAAUAUGAAUAAUAAUAUUUUUUAUUCCUCUUUUGAAAAAAAAGUUAAAAUCAAAAUCUCCAGUGAUUUUCUUACGGACGGACAUACAUGUAGGCUUGUGCAUACAAUAUUUUUAACAGGUGGCAUAAAUAGAAAAGGACUGAUUUUGAUGACAUGGCACAUACCUUGAUGAGUAGUGAUUAAGUAUCACAGAUGAAAAUCUGAUGAUUUUGUAAUUUUUGGUGUGAAAUUUUUGUCCUUGUGUUUUGAUAAAAAGUUAUGUUCAUCUAGAAAGCAACAAAUAAUUUGCAGCUAACAGUUGAUCUUUCUUUUUUUUCUUUUUUUUAUUCUUUUUUUUCUUUUUUGCCAUCUGCCAAAUAUUAUUUACAUCCCUGCUUAUGGCCAACCAGUUGUAGGAAGUCUGUUGUGUUUUUAUAACAUAAGCGGCUUUUAGUCUUCUGGUUAAUCUGAGUACAUACUUUGUAAUAGUUUUAUUUGCAGGUGUCUUAAGAAAAGGAUACAGAUCCCCCCAACCAAGGUUUCAAGGAGUUUAGUGCAGGAACCGAUUACUUAUGUCUCUUUCUUUCUUUCUUUUUCUGUGUUUUUCAUAUGCAAUGGUAGUAGAAGUGAAAAGUGUGCCACCAUAACAGUCAACAUGUAUUUGAAGGCUUCUAGCCAAGAGAACAGGGCCAGCCCUGAAAAAGGGCUAUACAGAGGCCUUUCAUUCAGCAUUGAAGCGAGGACCUCAUACUGCAGGCAAACCAGACUGGUCCUUUGUUGGAGGGUCCCGGUGCCAAGCGAGAAAUCAAGCUAUUCACACCUCCCAAGCUGUCAUCGUCCCAGCAAGAUCUCAUUCAGAAGGCCAAGAAGUAUGCAAUGGAACAGAGUAUCAAAAGCGUGCUGGUUCGGCAGACAAUUGCACACCAGCAACAACAAAUGCAGAAUUUCCAAACGACAGUCCAGAGGCAGCAGGCAUUAGCCUUGAUGUGCAGGAUAUAUGUUGGCAGUAUUAACUUUGAAAUCAAAGAAGACACGAUAAAACAGUCUUUCAUUCCAUUUGGACCAAUCAAGAGUGUGAAUCUGUCGUGGGAUCCUAUUACGAAUAAGCACAAAGGUUUUUCCUUUAUUGAGUACGAGGUUCCUGAGGCAGCACAGCUUGCACUGGAGCAGAUGAAUGGCGUCAUGAUCGGGGGACGCAAUAUCAAAGUUGGACGUCCCAGUAACAUGCCCCAAGCUCAGCCCAUCAUAGAGCAGCUGGCCGAGGAAGCAAAGAAUUACAAUAGGAUAUAUGUAGCAUCUAUUCACAGUGAUUUGUCAGAGUCCGAUAUACAGAGUGUGUUCGAAGCUUUUGGAAAAAUUAUCACUUGCAAGCUGGCUCAAGAUCCCACAAAACCUGGUAAACACAAAGGUUACGGCUUCAUUGAGUUUGAGAACCAGCAGUCGGGCCUCGAUGCAGUCGCGUCAAUGAAUCUGUUUGAUCUGGGAGGACAGUAUCUACGAGUAGGACGGGCGAUCACUCCACCAAAUGCCCUCCAGGCCCCAACAGGUCCCAGCAGCAUGCCAACUGCCUCUGCUGUUGCUGCAGCUGCUGUCACGGCCAAGAUCACUGCCAUGGAUGCCCAGCAACAGACGGCCGCUGUUCUGGCCCCACCUGGUCUUGCUAUGCCGACGACUCUUGGAAAUGGCAUACCCUCUCCACCAAGUCUGAAACAGUCUUCACCCGUGCCAAUACCAAUCCUGCCACCACCUCCAAUAGCAGUUCCCACGCAGCUCGGCCAGCCCCCAAUUAUAACCCCUCUACCCAUCCCUCCAAUACCACCCCCUUCAGUGAGGCCUCUCAUGCCUCCAACCCUUGUUCCGUCAACCCUCAUACCACCACCAGUGAUGCCGCCAAGUCUCAUACCAUCAACUAACAUACCUCUUCCAGUUACAAACUCUCUAGCCAAUGCCACGGCUAUUGCUGCAUCAUUGUCAGCGGCAAACCCUGAUGCGGAGAGAGAAGCGAAGGCGAACGGAAAACAGAAACAGGACGACGACCAGCACCAGUCUCUGGAGCAGCAGGAAAGCAUGAAGAUUAGUGGCAGCAACGCCAGACACAUGGUCAUGCAGAAACUGAUGAGGCAGUCCGAGGCUCGAGUGAUGGUGCUGCGUAACAUGGUGGGGAAAGAAGACCUUGAUGAUGACCUCGAGGAAGAGGUCACGGAGGAAUGUGGCCUGUACGGUGUUGUUAACCGAGUCAUCAUUUAUCAGGAAAAACAGGGCGAAGAGGACGAUGCUGAAGUUAUUGUUAAAAUAUUUGUUGAAUUUGCAUCAAUUGAGGCGAUUGAAAAGGCAAUAAGUUCCCUGAAUGGCCGUUACUUCGGAGGAAGAAUAGUCCGAGCAGAACGUUAUGACCAGGAUAUGUUUGAAGCCCAGGAUUUGUCUGGUUGACAUCAUCAAGUUGGCUGACAAUCCUCUAUUCUCAGACUGUUUUCAAGUAACGGACAACUUAACUCAACAAGGAGUGACAUCAUGACAUGGAACAUCUCACCACCCCCUGGGGAACAAAACACCAUCACCAUACUUUUGGAAACUUCGUUCAGUGCAUUUUUUAUUUCAUAUGAAGUUUGUUGUUCAUAACGAGUUGUGCUUCAUGAGUGAUUCGUUGGGGUGGGGGAGGGGUUUCAGUAAUACUUCUACAUCGAUAAUGCAUCUCUCAGUCUUGUAACUGUCAAUCAGAAUACCACCACCUGGGUAGUUAGCCAUUUUCUGAUUGGCUGUUUGAAAAUUGGAUCAUCCCAUUGUGAGAAGAGGAAACUGCAAUUAAUUUUUUUUACUUUCAGAAUAAGUGUUUGAAAAAGAAAAACCAUUUACGUUUUCUUCAAUCCUUUGUUGGAUUUUGUGUAUCGGUUCCAACACCAGAUUAAGAUACAAUGUGUCAUUGUCCAUUAGCAGGCAGUAGGUGGUGAUUUUGGGCAGCAACUGAUGCCGACACUGGCGCCUAAAUUUUAUGCUUGCACCUUAUUGCACAGAGUAAAAUAAAGAUAUAGCAAUCUACCUACUUUUCUUAAACAGCCUCCUGCUUUCAAAGAAAUGAAUACAUUUCAUUAUGGUUACUGUGAUCUUGUAUUGUUUGAUGAGUAUUAUUAUUACCCAUAUGGCUAAAAAUAUCUUGGUACAUAUCAAAGUGACAAGUCCCACUAGAAAGCCAAGUGGAACGUAACACUUUAACGUCACACAGUGUCAUUGAUUGACGCACUAUAACCUUACAGGAACGUUAACCAAACGAGUUGAGUGAUGUAAAUUAAGAUCGAUUAUGGGUAGUAAAUAGGAUAUUAAACUUGCUACCAUUUUGUAUCAUGUUUAUGUCCCUCAUCAAAUAAUGUUCAGUGUCACUUGGAAAAGCUCAUGACAACUGAAAAUUAUUUCACUCGGGACAUAAACAUGAUACGAAAUGGAAACUUGUUUAAUGUCCUAUAAUUAUGUGUAAUCAGAAUUUGGUAACAAUAUGUAAUGGUGGAAUUAAGUGGAAUAAGGAGAAGUAAAUCCGGAUUAUUAGUAUGUGGGUGGAAAAUGUGUUUACAAAGUGAUGAAAAUGUCACAAAAACCCUAGCAAUAAAAAAACAUUGACUUUUGAGUGAGUUAUUCGCUGUACAAGUUCUUGCUUUCAUGUGCUUAGUGUAUGCUAUAGCAGCUUCACAAAAUGCUGGAGGACCUGACCGUAGUUAUGACAAAAUUCUAUGACUAGAUAAGUGUGUAUAUUUUUGGUCCGUGACUAAAAAUCUAUGUCACAUGACAUAUGCCUAACUUGACUCAUUUUCUUCAAGCUAUUAUUUCAGUGUAUCAUUGAUAUUUAUAAAUAAAGUGGGGGGUUUGUGAUGCAAAUAAGAAAACUUGUAUUUAUGUGAAUUAAAGAGUUCACAAAUGCUAUUUUGAUGUGAAGAAAUGUGGCUAGCGUCUUACAAAGAAUGACAAUCGUGCAAGUAUGAUGUUAUACUGCAAAAUAUUUGCUAGAUUUAUGUUACACAAUCUGUGUAGCAAAACUGGAAUAAAUGUGAUUAUUAUACUAUUCUCGUUGGAUUGCAGGAUAAAUAACAUAACUGGUUACUGUCUUAACAUAUCAGCUUUAUCCUGCUGAGGUCAAAUAGCAAAAUUGUUUUUGCAGAUCGCUGACAUAAUUUAGUCCCCUACAAGUUCAACAGGAGCGGACUAUAGGUUUCGUCUCCGAUAAUCUGUCUGUCUCUCUGUCCGUCUGUCUGUCCCACAUACAGUUUUCUGGAUCUUUUUGGCACAAUGUCUCAAGAUAUUGAGAUAGAAUUUUGAGAUUGCCUUUGUGAUGUGAAAAUUUGUCUUCCAGACUUUUUCCCUCCUUAUGCCUGAAGAUAUUGAGAUGACAUUUUGAAUAUUUCUUUAUCAAGUAAAGGUGUUGUUUUUUUUUUUUUGUUGGGCUCGGUAGGGAACAUGUAUUGCUUUAGCAGUACUCUCAAAAUAUAUGUUAACCAUUCUAUUCUUCACAGGAUAAAGCUGAUAACUUGUGGCAGUAACAAGUUAUUCUCUAUUUAUGUGACACGGAAAAGUAUGCACCUUCAGAACUAGCGUCGGUGAGUACGACUGGAUUUGUAUGCAAUAUUACAUUAAUGUGCACAGUUCUGUUUGAGAAGCAACUUGUAUAAGUUAUAACAAUUCAGAAGCAGUCCAAGGACCUGCGGAUACCUUGUGCCUCACACACUGUGCCCUGACAAUACAUAGCCUGCCCUGACAAUACAUAGCCUGCCCUGACAAUACAUAGCCUGCCCUGACAAUACAUAGCCUGCCCUGACAAUACAUAGCCUGCCCUGACAAUACAUAGCCUGCCCUGUAAAUAUUGUGGCCAUGAUAAACCAUUUGUAUUACACUGGUUAUUGUAUCAACUAAACCAAGUUGAUGGCUUUCGAUUAAUUUAAUGCUAACUUCCAAACACACCGUCUUUAUUCUGCAAGUGGUAUGCUAUUAAACUGUGUAGAUUAAUUCAUUUGAGGAAGUUGUGUGCAUGGAUAAAAGUGAUGUUACAGUUUACAAGUUGAUACAUAAUUUUGAGCUUCUCAAACCACAGUGCAUUUUCCCUUAAAAUAUAUUAAUAGACCAUGGUCACAAAGAUCUCUUAGGCUCUGCUAGACAACAAAGCAUCCUCUUUGCAAGUCUUUUAGCAUUGCACUGCGAGAUUGCAAAGUUGCGAGAAUUUAGUGA